CUGCAAUUGGAGAGCGACUUGCUGGAAUUGACGGAUACGCAGGGUGGAAACGGCGCUUUAUCCGAUCUUCGCGUUCUGGAUUUUACGCACUACAUCGCUGGGCCUUAUGCGACGAAGUUGCUGGCGGAUCACGGUGCGGAUGUGUUGAAAGUCGAAAGAAUUGGGGACGGCGACGGCGCUCGACGCAUCGGUCCAUUCCCCGGUGAUGUGCCUCAUCCUGAGAAGAGCGGCAUGUUUCUCCACCUCAACACCAACAAACGCAGUAUCACGCUGAAUCUGAAGUCCCAGCAGGCUCAGUCCAUCGUGAAGCAGUUAGUUGAGGAAGUUGAUGUAGUGGUGGAGAGCUUCCUCCCGGUCAGAUGGCGAAGUUUGGACUGGAUUAUGACACGCUUCGUACAUCAAUCCGCAGCUAGUAAUGACUUCGAUCUCCAACUUCGGGCAGACAGGCCCAUAUCGGGACUUCAGGACAUCUGA